AUGGAUAAUGGCAGCGACAUUAAUAGUAACCAAAAACAAAUUAACAAAGAAAAUAAUAAACAUGGAAAGGUUAAAAAAAACAAUACUGAAGUAGUAGAAAAUGAUAGAACACAUGAAAUGAACGAACUAACAGACGAAAGGUUUCAAUUUAAUGAUAGUUUGUGGAAACAUGUCAAAAAAGAAGAAUCCAAAAAAGGUAUUAUUUAUCUAUCACAUAUACCUGUAGGAUUAUACCCCUCAAAAAUAAGAGAAUUUUUUAGUAAAUAUGGAGAAAUUGAUAAAAUUCAUUUAAACAAAAUAAAAAAUGAUGAAAAUAAUAUAUUAUCAAAAGAAACAAAUCAUAAAAAAAUAAAAUAUAAAGAUGGAUAUGUAGAAUUUGUUAAUAAAAAAGAUGCUAUAAAUGUAGAAAAAUUAUUAAAUAAUCAAAUAAUUAGUGGAAAAAAACGAAAAAAUAUUUUAAGAGAUAAUUUUUGGCAUCUCAAAUAUCUAAAAAACUUUACAUGGAAUGAUUUAGUUUCUUCUGUUUUGUAUCGAAAUAUUUCAAGACAAGAAAAAUUCAAACAUGCCUUAAAAGACAUGUACAAAACUUAUGAAGAAUAUCUGGAAAAAAACAUGAGCAAGAAAAAAAACAAAAAAAUAAAUGAUAAAAUAGAAACCACAACCACAAAAAAUAAAUAUAUUUCAAAAAAAAAAAAAACACUAAGCACAAACAAAUCAGUCAAACUCAAUUUUAUCACUUUAAAAAAAAAUGAUAUAAAAGACCAGUCACAAAUAAAUACUAAUUCUAAUAAUAACAUGGAAAUAGAAAACAAGAAAGAAAAAGACAAUAUCGUUUCCUCCAAUCUUUUGGGAAUGUUUAUGUAA